AUGUACGCGAUCGGAACCAAGUUUUACAAAACUGGCUUCUAUUCAGUGUUCGACAUGUGGUACAAAGACAAAGCCAUGCCGAGCAUGUUCUCAGUUCGAGACCCGGCCGAACAUCAAGCGCUCCGGCGUCCGGUCGCGCAAAAGUUCUCCAUGUCGUCCAUCAAAGCGAUGGAGCCUUUUGCAGAUGACUGCACAGACAUCUUCAUGGAAGCCAUGGCGGACCUGGCGGGCCAAGACAUUGACCUCGGCGUGUGGCUUCAGUGGUACGCAUUCGAUGUCAUUGCGGCGAUUACUUUCCACCGGCGGCUUGGAUUCAUGGAGCAACGGCGCGAUGUGCACAACAUGAUUGACGACAUCGGAAAGGCACUCGAAGUCGCAGCGCUCAUCGGGCAGGUCCCGUCGAUACACCCCUGGCUGAUGGGAAACAAGUGGUUUGCCAAGUUCAUCGCCUGGCAGCCCAUCGUAAAAGUGCCCGACCCUCUUCGGACAGUGGUCAAGUUUACGGAGGAGUGCAUCGAGGAAUAUGAUCGACACCCACCAGAGAAGGACCGGCCCGACUUUUUGGGAUGGCUGAGGCAGACAAAUGCCAAAGGCGAGGUGAUGCCAGACCGGGAAAUUGUGAACCAUCUGGCCAACAACUUGCUUGCUGGAAGCGACACAACCGCGAUUUCUCUCCGUGCCAUUUUCUACUACCUCGCCAAGGACCCAAGGUGCUACCAAAAAGCCCAGCGGGAGGUGGAUGACGCAGACCGAGACGGGCUGCUGUCUGAACAUGUCACUUACGCGGAGUGCCUUCAGCUCCCAUACCUUCAAGCAGCUAUGAAGGAGGCCAUGCGCUGUAACCCAGGCGUUUCAUUUCCGUUGGAGCGGACAGUGCCCCCUGGGGGCGCUGAAAUUUGUGGAGUUCGCUUUGGGCCGGGCACUAUCGUUGGGAUCAAUCCUGCUGUCAUACACCACGACAAGUCGGUGUUUGGAGAGGAUGCGGCAGAGUUCAAUCCCGAAAGAUGGCUGACCUCGGACGACGAGCGCAUCAAGUAUAUGGAUCGCCACCUAAUGACGUUCGGAUACGGCUCCCGAACCUGCAUUGGCAAGAACAUCUCCAUCAUGGAAAUGGGUAAACUUGUGCCGCAGGUUCUGCGGAACUUUGACCUCGAAUGGGCGUCUCCCCGAGAGACAUGGAAGGUGGAAACAUUCUGGUUUGCCAGGCAGGAAGGGUUGGUGUACCGGCUCAAGAGGAGGCAAAGCGGCCGGUGA